GCGAAUAGAGAGAAGGCGGGCUCAAGUAAGAAAAUUAUAAGGUCAUUGGAAUUACCAGCGCUGCAAGCCGUCGUUACAAUGAAGCGAUAACGGAUAAGAAUGAAGAAAUGAAAUAAAGGGGCGCAAAGUCUACCAAACACGCUGCGGGUAUUAGGUAAAAGGCAGGCGUGUGGCCGUUACACACCGGCGCGCGUGUCUCAGCGCAGGUAAACGCGGCGGAGGUUUCGCUUAAGCCGAUCAAGGUGGGAUCGUACGGGACAGGUUCCCCUUCUGCCGCAAAACACAAGUUAUUGUGACCACGGAGACCGAAAUCGAGGAUGUUGCGGUUGGCGUGCUCCACGGCCCUUCUCUUCGUGCUCAGGCUGUUCGCCGGCCUGUCCUGGUUCCAGGUUCUGCCGUCCAUUUUCAUUUUCUUCCUGGGUUCUGGAGGAUGGAAGUCCUUACAUGUGUUUUCAAAGACCAUAUACCGCGAUUUGCAUGCAGCCAGUGUGUUGCUGAGGGUAAAGCUGAAUGUCAAAAAGCACCUCCGUGAGCGCAACACCGUUCCCAAACUUUUUGCCAAGUCUGUCAAGAAAUACGGUGACAAGACGGCUCUGAUUUUUGAAGGAACGGGGGAGAAAUGGAGCUUCAAGGAGCUUGACGACUACUCCAACCGCGUGGCUAACCUUCUGCUUCAGAGGGGCUUCAAGGAGGGCGACGUGAUCGCUCUGUUCAUGGAGAACCGCUCUCAGUACGUGGGGCUCUGGCUGGGCAUGGCGAAGAUCGGAGUGGAGGCAGCUCUCAUCAACUUCAACCUGAGACUGGAGGCUCUGGUGCACUGUGUCAACAUCUCCAGCGCCAAAGCCGUGGUGUUCGGCAGUGAGCUGACAGAUGCGAUGUGUGAGGUGCACAGCUCCAUGGGAAAGACUGUUAAGCUCCUCUGCUCUGGAGAAUGGGACCCCAAACGGGUUCCUGAAGGGACUGAGCAUCUCGAGCCGCUGCUGGAGGCGACCUCUACACACCAGCCCAUGCAACCAGAUCGCAGCUUCACAGAUCGCCUCUUUUACAUUUACACGUCAGGAACCACUGGAAUGCCAAAAGCUGCUAUUGUUGUCCACAGUCGGUAUUACCGCAUGGCUGCCUUGGUGUACUAUGGUUUCAGAAUGAAGUCUGAGGAUGUGCUUUAUGACUGUUUACCACUUUACCACUCAGCCGGUAACAUAGUGGGAGUUGGACAGUGUCUGAUCCAUGGAAUGACUGUAGUGAUCAGGAAGAAGUUCAGCGCAUCAAAGUUCUGGGAUGACUGUAUCAAAUACAACUGCACAAUCGUGCAGUACAUUGGCGAGAUCUGCCGCUAUCUGCUGAAUCAGCCGAAGAAGGCCAUGGAGCACCAACACAAGGUCCGCAUGGCCCUCGGUAACGGGCUUCGUCAGUCCAUCUGGGAGGAAUUCACCACCCGCUUCAACGUCCCACAGAUCGCAGAGUUCUACGGCGCCACCGAGUGCAACUGUAGCCUGGGCAACUUCGAUAACAAGAUGGGUGCCUGUGGAUUCAAUAGCCGGAUCCUGCCCUUCUUUUACCCCAUUCGCUUAGUCAAGGUGGACGAGGAGACCAUGGAGCUCAUCAGAGGACCUGAUGGAGUCUGUAUCCCAUGUGGUCCAGGAGAACCUGGUCAGUUGGUUGGUCGAAUCAUUCAAAACGACCCUCUCAGACGAUUUGACGGCUACGUCAAUCAAUCGGCCACUAAUAAAAAGGUCGCUCACGAUGUCUUCAAAAAAGGAGAUAGUGCCUAUCUCUCAGGGGACGUGCUGGUGAUGGACGACUACGGCUACAUGUAUUUCAAAGACCGCACAGGAGACACGUUCCGCUGGAAAGGAGAGAACGUCUCCACCACUGAGGUGGAGGGAACGCUGAGCCGCCUGCUGGACAUGAAAGAUGUGGUGGUGUAUGGAGUGGAGGUGCCAGGUGCUGAAGGCAAGACAGGGAUGGCAGCCAUAGCAGACCCGGAGCACACCACAGACCUGGUGAAGUUUAGCCGGGACCUGGAGAAGGCCCUGCCGCCCUAUGCCCGGCCUGUCUUUCUGCGCUUCUUACCAGAAGUGAACAAAACAGGGACUUUCAAAUUCCAGAAGACAGACAUGCGACGGGAGGGAUUCGACCCCAAAGUCGUCUCUGACAAACUCUACUUCCUGGACUGCACUAAGGGACAGUAUGUGGAGCUGAAUGUAGAGCUCCAUCGCAGCAUCGUCUCAGGAAAGCAGAAAUUAUGAGACUACUGCCAACUUCCACCCGUUCCCUCAUCACCCUGCCUUCAGCAGCCCUCAAACCCCGCUCCCUCGUCACUCCGCCCUUCAUUACCUCAGCAAACAGUGAGGGGCCACAGGAACGCAUUCUGGUCGUGUGUUCAAAUCCCCGUUGAUUCAUUCUCACAACCCACCUCUCUUACGACCGAGACGGGACUGAGGUGGCAUUCAGCCAGGCGGCCAUCUUGAAAACAAGAAAAAUACAAAAAAAUUAAGCAAUUUAGCAAACAAGAAUACAAAAAAACAAACAGCAAGGAAAGGCACAAGGACCAAACACAGGUCUGUCAAAUGGUAAAGCUUUCCCUUUGCCUCAGCUGCACAAUGCUCGCCUGGCUACAGGAUUCGGGACUGAAACGUAUUCAUUUUGACGGUUUUGACAAGUGACUGCCGUCAUGAAUGCACCCUCAAGCCCAGACCAAAACCACGAGGAUCGACGUGCAAUACAAACACAGUACUGGCUGUGCACUUGCCAGCUGCCAUGACUUGAACAAUGCUGUUUAUUUAACAUGCACCAAAUAUAUUUAAGUUGUAGAAUAGCUCAUCAUCUAUUUACAAGUCAUGCUGCGUUGAAGACGUCCAUGAUUGCACUGCUACUGUGUCCAUUGUACCUCUCCAGCUGUUUAGUAUGCAGCGUCAGCAUGGAAGCAGAUUUUAACGAUCAGCCCGGUGCGACAUUGUGCAGACUGGGCUUCAUGGGUUUGCUUCGUUUUGCUAGACGUGAAGACCGUUAAGUUCCCAACAAGGAAUCUCUACAGGACACUAUAGUGGAGUUUGCAUGGAGGCGAAUGAAAGUAGUGUAAUUCUCUGGUGCUAAAGAACGAACAUCCUAUCUGUCUGCAUAGUGGCGCCAGACCUAAAAGGGAAGAGAGCAGAAGCGGAGAAGGAAGGGAAAGCGAUAUAGGCUAUUUGUCAUCAGAGUUCUAGUUUUUCUUUCAGCAGCAUGAAUGAUUGACGCAAACAGAGCACUGUGCCUUACUGUCAGGUCACCAGAUAGUGUUAUUGCCCUCGUCCUGCAUCAUUACACUAACUGACCCUAGAUGUCUCUUCCAUGUAGACAGCUAGCUUAUUUUCUAGACCUUGCUUGUACGCCCUUCCCAUCAUGCAAAGUGUCUAACGCUACAUCUAAGGGCAUCCUUUCCUUUCCACAUGUAUUUUGCUUGAUCACCUUUUGCGAACCUUCCUGUUCUCCAUCGUCCACUGACAGCUCAUUAUUUAUUUAUAUAUCGUAGCAAAUAUUUAAGUGUGUGUGCACGUGUGACAAGAUGAUUUUGUGUGACGGCACUUGAAUUUCUCCAAGUCACUGUUUUGGCCACUAUAUAUUAACGUACAGCACAGAUGUGGGAAAACCGAGACCUUAUUUGGGUGAAUCUCUCCAGAAACAUAUAAACAUAUAAAAAUGUAUAGCCUAGAAAAUGAAGCCUAUUUUACGAUGUUUGCCAUUUGUUUUCAUUAAAAAUAAUGUCCCCCACCCCCAAAUUAUCUCAUCAUCAUUACCGUAGUGACAGAAAUCUAAUUCACAUUGCCAUACUUUGUAUUCUUUUUACCAUAACAACCAAAAUAAAAUCUCAUUCUCAUUACCGUAAUGACAAAAAAAAUCUACUUUACAUUAUCUCAAUAAGAAAAAUCAAAUUCUCUGUACCAUAAUGAAAAUAAAACUCAUUUUCAUUACCAUAAUGAUAAUAAAAUCCUCAUUCUCAUUACAAUAAUGGCAAUAAAAUCCUCAUUUACACUACUGUAAUAACAAAUUUAAUUUGCAUUACUAUAAUGACAAUCUCAUUUUCAUUACCAUAAUGACAAAAAAUCAAGUUCACAUUACUGUAAUGAUAAUAAAAUAUCAUUCUCAUAACUAUGACAAUAAAAUCCUCAUUCACUUUACCGUAACGACAAUAAAAUCUCAUUCUCAUUACCAUAACAACAACAAAAAAAAAAAACCUCAUUCUCAUUACUGUAAUGCCAAAAAAUCUCAUUCUCAUUACAAUAAUGGCACAAAAAAAAAUCUUGUUGUCAUUACCAUAACGACAAAAAAAAAAAAACAACUUGUUCUCAUUACCGUAAUGAAAAAAAAUCCUCGUUCUCUUUGAAGUAAUGAGAAAAAAAUGAAGACAUUUUAUUCAUUAGAAUUUCAUUUUUUUAAAUUUGGGAUGAAGUGAGAUUUACUCAAAUAGCUGUACGUGUGAUUUAGACUUCAAUUGAUACUUAAAGCCAAGGGUGCAGUAGUGAUGUCAUUGGUUAGUCAGCCAAUCGGAUGCAGUUGUCUCCAUCAAUACCUGUUCCUGUUUUUAUUUUGUUGUUUGCCCUUUCUUGUAUCACUUGCUAUUUUUUUGUAUUUUUGUAAAAGAAUGAUGUGUAAUGAUUUGUUGUGGGUUGAGCUUUAUUUCUCAGUUAAUCUUGUUUUUUUGGUUUUGUCCAAUGACAGCAAGAAUCCUCACCAGGAGGCUUUUGCGGAGGCCUCUCUUGAUUAUCUCUCCCAGUUCAACCCAAAAUGAAUCCCCUCAUGUCUUUCCAAACCUGAAUGCUGAUCAUUUUUAGUGGAACACAACAACUGUCAAGAUUCUGAAAUGGACAAAAAAAUCCAAGUGACUUAUUCCAAGUCCUCUGAAGCCAUGUGAUACUUUUAUAUGAGAAGAAGAGCAGAAUUUAUUGUUUGUAUUCCUGUCCAUUUCACAUAUUUAAAAAAGCAGUGUCACCUGGUGUAAUAAAAGCGUUUCAAAAGGUGAGGAAAAUAAUCAGUAAAUUUCAACUUGAAAACUUGAAUUUCAGUCUAUUUUAUGGUGAUUUUUUUUUUUUUCCCCCCCGUUUUAGAAUUUUUAGGUUUUUCUGUGUUCCAAAAGUAAUAACAAUAAUAAUAAUAAAAUCACAGGUUUGGAAUAACAUAAAAGUGAAUAAUUUUUGGCUGAACAGUCUUUUUGAAGUCACGUAAAAAGACACACACUUGCAGAAACGCACAAACAACCUUCAAUUUCAGUAAUUGACAGAGAUUUCUGCAUUUUAAUUUAAUGUAUUUUUUCAUAUAUUGUUAAGGCAUUAGCAAUGUGAAAUGCAAAACCAGUGCUGUGAAUAAUUUUUGUAUUUUUUUUUUUUUUUUAAAUACUUCCACUGUACCAUAAAAAAACUCUGUUUUCGGAGGAUCAGUUUAUGUGUGCAAGUGUGUGUCUAUUUUUUUUUUAUUGUUACUAUUUUCUCUUGAAAUGAUGUGACAUUCCUGUUAGCAGCGUGCAGUAGGCGAAGUGCGUUGUUGUUCUCAUGUCUGUCCACUAGAUUGUGCUCAUUCAUGCAUAGAAGGGCUGAGUUGUCAUCCAAAAUUGUGUUAAUAUUUUCACUGAUAAUUGUUUUAUGAGGGAUAUCUAAUGUUUUAUAUUUAACUAAUUAUUUACUGUUUUUUUUUUUUUGCUUUGUCAAUAUAGCUUUAAAGCUACAAAGGACCAUUUUCAAGGAACAAAAUGUUUUUUAUCUUGUUUUAUUGAGCACCAAAGCCAAUGUGUUUUGUGAGUUGAGGAAAACUGACCUUUUUUCCUCUGUUUUGUUUAUAAAUUGUACCGAUUUGUCACCCCUCUGAAAAGACUGAUCAUAAAUGCACUUUUAUUUUGUCUAUUUCUGUUCAGUACUCAGGAACAACAUGCAGAGGCAGAUGAGAGAAGGGAAACUAUGAGUGAGCCGGUGGUGUGUGUGUGUGUGUGUGUGUGUUGAUGUAGAGGAGGUGUGUGAGGUGUGCCGCGUCACACUGAAGUCCUCUUGUCUUAAAGACUAGCUGUAAAUCAUGCUCUUUCGAAACGAUGGCAUCCAAGAAUCAAUAUUAAUAAAAAAUAUAUUAAUUCUC